AUGGUUCAGAUCAAGCCGUUCGAGGUAGAGGAAUGGAUGGACCGUUUGGAGACCACUCCAGGGGCCCUAAACCUUGCUGAAACCUGCUGCGAAUCAGUCUCGAUUGACGAGCUUAUUCAGCUGUGCUCCGACCCGACAGCCCCCUCGCCGCUUGACAUCGCAUCAAGGCGAUUGACAUAUGGAGCGAUCUACGGGUCUGAAGAAACCCGCCAAAAUAUUGCAAACCUGUAUGACAAUGAUACUUCGGGUCCGCUUCCAAGUGAUCAAGUCGUCAUCACCCAGGGAGCUAUCGUAGCCAAUUUCCUUCUCCUGUACUCUCUUAUCGGCCAGGGCGAUCAUGUCGUCUGCAUUUACCCAACAUACCAACAGCUAUACGAGGUUCCUAAGAGCCUCGGGGCUGAGGUAAGUCUGUGGAAGGUGAAAGCAGAGAAUCAGUACGUCCCCGACGUCAAAGAGCUAGAGGGGCUCGUCAAGAAGAAUACAAAGAUGAUCAUCAUCAACAACCCAAACAACCCCACGGGCGCCACAACGCCAAAGUCUGUUCUUUCCGAGAUUAUCGAGUUUGCCAAGGCGAGAGGAAUCAUUGUCCUGGCAGACGAAGUCUAUCGCCCUCUUUUCCACAGCUUGCGCGACGGAGAAUCGGCGCCUCCGUCAAUUCUUUCCUUUGGGUAUGAAAAGACAGUUUCUACCUCGAGCAUGUCCAAGGCAUUCUCACUGGCAGGAAUCCGACUUGGCUGGAUCGCGUCUAGAGACCCCAGUAUUAUCGAGGCUGUCAAGAGCGCCAGGAACUACACAACAAUUAGCGUCUCUCAGCUCGACGACAGAGUGGCGGCAUAUGCCCUCUCAGAUGCAGUUAGACCCAAUUUGCUCAAGCGAAACAUUGAACUUGCAAGGUCAAAUCUGGUUUUGGUGGAGGAAUUCAUCACUAAGUACCAAUCUGCUUGCUUCUGGGUCAUCAAGCCAACUGCGGGAACUACCGCGAUGAUCGGUUUCAAGAGAAAGGGCAAGCUCGUCAAGGAUAGCGAAUUUUGCUUAGAGAUUCUGGAGAAGACGGGAGUUCUCGUCAUGCCGGGCUCUACCUGUUUCGGUGACGGAGUUGAGUUCGAAGGACAAAUGCGUUUCGGUUACGUCUGCCGUACCGAUGUGUUGAAGGAAGGCUUGGAGAGAUUGGGAAAGUACAUUGAGCAAACAUUUUAA